AUGAGAUCAGCAGUCUGGUCACCGUUGUUGUUCGCCAGCGUGUCAUUAAUGUGCGCAUCGGCGGACUUCUUGAUGGGUGGUCAUUUAGACAAUAAGAAUUCGCCGCUCGUGGAAGAUCCAUCGGUGUGGUCAAAUCCAGCGCAUUUGGUUCUCGCGAGGACCGCCGAAGACGAUGGCCUGGAUCUGAUUGCCGAAGAAAGCAGUUCCAGCGUCGCUUCAACGCCUUAUCCCGAUCAGGAACCAAGGUACAAAGUGCCUUUCGCCUACGCAUUCAACGGUGGCAAGCCAUUCUCCUUAGAAAAAGAUCCAAUAACAGGCAAAAUCGACCUCGGAAAGACUCCACCCUUAAAAGCUCUAAAUCUCACGGAGAUCUAUCAAGAUGAAGAAGAAACACAGCCAGAAAAUGACGACACAGCGCGUAUCGAUCAGCCAUACGACAAAGUCACUUAUUCGGACAGUAAGCGCGUGGUUUCGACUAAUUCGAAGAACGAGAGAGUCGGUCCAAACGAAAUCAAUCCAUACUCUCCGAGUUUCCACGAUUUCCUCAAUCUUCCGGUGAAGUACACCUCGGAGAAGUACAACAGAGAGAGUUACCCAUUGAUCUCGAGCUCGUAUGCCAAUACGAAGGUACAAAGUGGUUCGAACAGUUAUAAUAUUAAUAAUCAUCGGCCGUCGUAUCACCAAGAGACUGUCACUGAGACGUCUGUUAGCACGCAAACUCGUAGGGUUUAUUAUCCAAAAACCACGUCAACUUCUACUACGACCACAACUACAACAACGUCAAAACCAACAACGACGAGCACCACCACAACAACGACGACUCCAAGGCCAACCGAGAAGAAACUAACUACCAUGAUAGUAACCAAACCGACAACUACUACGACUACGACCACUACGACCAUACCACCACCUUCCAUUGCACUCAAAGUCACCACUUGGAAACCGUCUAAGAGUACCACCCAGCAGUACGGGGAAUUCGAGGAGAUGCUACCGAUCGAGAAAAUGCAGGGCUCAAAGUAUGGAACUAACUAUCCUACCGAAAAUAAAGAAGUGAACGGACACAACAACGGCCCACAAAGUUUCACGCAACCGGCAAGUCAACCAAAUUACGAGUACAGCGACGGUUACGAGUAUUACGACUCGUCUCACGAAGAAAUCCCACUGGAUCAUCAUCAACAUCCGCACGUCGUACAAAACGUCGAUUUCGAGAUAUCUCCAUCGACUCUCAUGACAACAACUACCACGACGAGCACCACUACAACUACAACUCCACCAGCAGCAGCAUCACCUGCUACGACAACUACAAUAAGUCCGUCCACGCCAACCGUACACUUGACAACCAAUAAGCCGGCUCAACAAACGCCAGUGACGUCGUUGCCGUUAGACAGUCCCGCUCACGUGCCACCCGUGCAUGAAAACUUCGUUGAGAGUCAUCGACCCGUCGAGUUUUUCAACAGUAACAAUAAUAACGUCGGACACGGAAGCGUCCAUUUCCCUGGUAGCGUGUACGGUGGCAGACCUGGAAGUGUGAUUAGCGUCUUGCCCGAGAGUACGAGCAACGUGAUUGUGCCUCACGAUCAAGAUACCGUGUCGUUCGUACUUGGCAACCGGCAAAAUGUCGAGGGGAGUUAUUACAGCCAUGGCGCUGCGACGGAGGAGCAUCCUUUGGCGCCGAAUUCCAAUAAGAAUACUUUCAGACCGAUGGCGGACUCGGGCUCGAACGCACAAGUCCCGCAAACAGCGCUCGACCAAACCAUGUCUGUAGCCAUGUCGUCGGUUGCCGUGGUCGACAAUUCUCAACAACAACCACAGCCGCCGUACAACCCGACCAAGUGGUACACAGAGCAACAAAACGGCAACUUUGCCAGCCAGCAUCCGAGCGACAGCGAGUCGCAGAAUACCAAAGCACAGUCGGGUUUCGCUUUCCCGCCGGCGAACGAUGCCACUCAGAAGGACGAAGCACCUACGAGUACUGGCUUCGUUACUUUCCCCGAGGCUCCUCAAGACAAGCCGGACGAGCAAAGCCAAGUACAGAAUGUACGACCGGUGGAGGAGCAUGUCAUCGUUAUUAACCAAGCCGAUGGAUCGAUCAAGGAGAUCACCCCGACCGGACCGACCAAUCUCGGCGGAAAUUCCAAUGGAUCGGCUGGUACGAAGGUCGGCAACCCCAAUCUUCCGCAAUUAUCGGAAAGAUUGACUCCGCCAGCUAAAAAUCAACCAUCAAGACCACCACCGGCAGGAAUAAGUCCACGACCACCUUAUUACUUCCACUACCAGCAUGCAAACAAUAGACCGAACUCUGGCAGUCCUCCGUCACGUCCGCAGAGGAUACCGCUACCUCCAAGACAGAAGCCCGAAUAUCCGCCGGUAGGCUUUAAAAGAAGACCGCCUCCACAUGAUCAGAAAUUACCAAAUAUUCUGCCACAGUUCAGACCUAAUGCCAAGACUUCUCAUGGACAUCGCGGCACUGACAAAAUUGGUACCUUGCCAGCCCCCCAGUCGUAUCCAAAUCGGCCUCGUCCAACCGGACCACAAUCUCCUCCACCGCACAUUCACCCCUCACGAAAACCUCAACCACAUCCAAUCUCAGCACCUCCAACUCACUUGCAACGUCUAAGUCCACCACCUCCGCCAUCCCCAAAUCAACAGCCACCUCAUCAUCAUCACCAUCAUAAUCAAAUUCUACGCAAAAAGGAAGAAGCGAUCCAACAACUUCCACCAAGUCCAGAACAACACAAGCGCUUUCGACCGCCAGUUCCAGCAAACGCCAACCCCGGUCGACCUGUCGUGCAAAAGCUUCGCAUGGAAGACGAAAUAGCCGACCGUUUCUCAGCCGAACCUCCACAAGUGCCGCCCAGACCAAUUAUUUUUCCAAAUAACAGAGCUGACAGUCAGAUGCCGAAGGUCGCAACGCUGCAAAUGAUCCAACAGAGGGGAGGCAUCGACGAGGAAAUUAUCAAGUCGAACUUGCCGCCACUGUUCAAGAUUAAUCGGUCAGACGAGACAAGUGACGACGAGGCGAACAUCGAAGAAAGCUCCACCUCGAAUAGCGACGCAGAACGUCGCAAGGACAGCGACGAAUCGAAUGCAGCGGGAACGUCCGAGUCUGGUCCCGUUUACGUGGUUUACCCGGUGAACAGUGCCGUCAACAUUGGCAGCCAAGAGGAUACGGUCGAGCGCGACGAAUCCGUAGUAAUUGGUACUCGAGGACCUCACCGUCCAUUGCCACCCGACACGCUGCCUCAGGACGACGAAGAGGAGCACAAGGAUGGCGAUGAUAAGGGAUACUUCUUUGGCGCGAGACCGCAAUUCAAUCAGGUCAAUGGUGAAUUUCCGCAGAAUUUUCCACCCACGGGCAUUGACUCACCGAUGCUGGUACGCGAAAAACCUCUGCUUGUGCCGAGUGACGAAGCCGACGAGGAGCCCGAAGAAGAACCUAACGUAAUCUCCUACCUUCAAGAUUUCCUACCCUACCCCGCAAAGAAACAAUCUCAACAACAGCAGCAGCCCUCGGCAACAAUUUCAGCGACGUUACCACGUCUCCCCGUCGUAUCGUCGUCGAGCCCCAUCGCCUUCGUUUAUACGCCUACCACACCUGUUGCGAUCAGUCGUCACGACUUCGACAGUCAUGAGGAUGAAAAACCAGUGCUCCUGCCGUCGCAACAACCAAGCAGCUCAUCCUCGUCGGCACCGUCGCCGCAAAACUUCAUGGCACCAUUCGUCGCUAGUGUAUCGGCUGAGAUGCCCGCGAAGAAUGGCUGGAGCGUCGUAGUCUCGACUAAUAACGGCACCGAACAACGCACAAACCACAAGGAAGAUACUAAAAAGGAGUCAACGGAUGAAUCGAUCGAGAACGAAACGCAAACCGAGAGGAAUGAUGAUAAUUUCGAUCCCGACAAUUUCAAACCAGUUUUGUUCGGCGGAUUCAAACCUAUCUACGAAUUCCCAGUAGAUGAAGAUCAAGAACACAUGCCCAUGGUUGGUAGGGGAGUCGUAUCAAAGUCUGAUUCGGAGACGCUUAACGUCAACGCUGAGUCUGGUAGGAAAUUGUCCAAGUGAAAAUUGCUACGUUCCACAUUCAAUCGGUAGUAUUCAAU